AUGACGAAGGAACAAAAGGAGGAGAGGCAGUUUGCACCGCCAACCUUAUCCAGGCUACCCAUGCUAUGGCAAUCUCCCGUCCAAACCGCGCAGAAACGGGCAGUACACCGUACGGUACGCAGGAACGCUGUGGUAACAUAUGAAUGCCCGAAGGAUACAAAAUGUGACCGUGAGAAGGAAGAACAUAAGGACAAUAUAGGGUUGACUCGGUUGAUGUUUUUGAUAGGGGUGUGGACGAACCACCUGAUUGAUUACAGCCAGUUAAACGAGCUAAGCGAAGCCAAACCCACUAAAAAGACAUCUUCCAUUGGCCGACAGACGCAGGGUAGAACAGCUUUCCACGAUGACGCAGCACAGAGAUCGCAUGGCCAGAAGACGUCACAACGAGGGUCCACCAGGCCCAUUCCUCCAAUAUCCAGACAUCCCUGA